AUGGUGGUGCUACGAAACCGUAUUGAUGCGUUUGGCGUUGCCGAACCGUCGAUUCGACGCGAAGCCAAUCGUCCCCGAAUCAUCGUAGAAUUGCCCGGCGCAAAGGACUCGUCAAAACCCCUUCAGAUUGUCAAAACGAUGGGACGGCUCGAAUUUAAGUUGGUAGAAAAAAGUCCCACCGCGGCGAUCGAAUUAGGAGUGCGCGUGAAACCCCAGGCAAUACCAGCUUUCGAGAUCGUCGUGUCUAUGAGUUUUGACUCACAAGGCAGCCGGAAGUUUGGUGAACUGACCACCAACCAUGUCGGUGAACUUUUAGCCAUUCUACUUGAUGGUAAGGUGCAAUCUGCACCCCGAAUCAACGAACCUAUUCUCGGCGGAAAUGCCCAAAUCUCUGGGGACUUUACCUUUGAGGAAGCCCAAUAUCUGGCGAACAUCCUCAAAGCCGGGGCGUUCCCCGUCGGUGUGAAAAUCGCCGAAGAGCGAACCGUUGGACCAACCCUUGGUCAAGAAGCAAUUGACGACGGCAUUCGCGCCGCGGUUAUUGGCAUGGGAGUUGUUCUAAUUUUCAUGUUAAUCUACUAUCGGUUUGCCGGGCUCGUUGCGAUUGUUGCACUAGCAUUUAAUAUGCUGAUUAUUCUGGGCUCACUUGCCGGGUUUGGUGCAGCUUUGACGCUGCCCGGACUUGCAGGGCUUGUCUUGACCAUCGGCAUAGCGGUUGAUGCGAAUGUGCUUAUUUUUGAGCGUAUCCGUGAGGAACUACGCACCGGCAAAACUGUAUGGUCUGCAAUUCAGACCGGCUACCAGAAAGCCUUUUGGACAAUCCUUGAUGCCAACGUAACAACGUUAGCUGUCGCAGCGGUACUCUACCAUUUCGGGACAGGUCCCAUCAAAGGGUUUGCUGUCACAUUGGGAAUCGGCAUCUUCGCCAGCAUGUUUACCGCCAUUGUUGUCACACGAGAGAUUUACGGCUGGGUGCUUGGUGGUCGAAGUGUCGAGAGGUUAAGUAUCGGACGGGAGGUCAUCAGAAACACAACCAUCGGUUUUCUUAGCAAAAGUCGAAGGGAUUCGUUGUAUCUGCAAUCCUCAUUAUUAUCGGCAUAG